AUGCCGUCCCAAUGUCGGCCUUCCAAUGUGUCUGUGGUUGAGGCAGAUAACACGAACGUAGUGGUUCAGCCACUUGAGGAUGUGAUAUUAGAGGAAGCGAAUCAACACUUCCUAAAAAUCCUGGAUCUGCUUCCAGCAAAAUGCAGCACAAAUCUAAAAUCCGAUGAAAGGAAGGAGGUCAAAGAUAGGAUCUCACGAAUCUACUCCUGUCUUAAUCAAUUUCACGGUAUUCUCCGAGAGCUUAGAUCCAACUGUCACACUCCACUGUCUCAGCCAUUGGCUCCUGAUGCAGCUCCGGCUCCCGUUUCCUAUGCAGGAGUCACUAGGCUAAACUCUAAACCCAGUUUUACCACUCAGAGAAGGCCUAUGAUCGCUGUUGGCGAUACGGGAUACUUUGUGAUCUGGACCAAUUCGGAUUNAUGUUGCGCAUCUGGAAAAAUUUCACUGCCAUCGCUAAAUCCACCACCGGAACCUUUAAAAACACUUUUAGCCGGAACCACAUCUCAAUCGAAAUUGUUUUUGCGAAAAAUUCGUAAAUUCAAUUCAUGCUUCCAAAUGACAUCAUUUGGAGCAACAAAAAUUGUUCAUAAUGAAGAUGGUCGUAAUUUUGAAUCUACAUUCAAGAUUCAAGGUCAGGUGUACCACCAAAUUGGUUCAUUGCUUCCAAUGCCUGAUGCCGAUCCAAAAUUUCUACAAAUUUAUUUUAUGGGCGAUGAGGAGCAACAAUCACAUACACGCUGCCUUUACAACCAUAUAGAGAGGAUGGAAGAACGAGAAAUUGUGGAUAUUUUGCAAACGUUUUUGCAAAACCAUAACCAAUUGAUACGAUUGUUUAAGACUCUUUCUAACAGACUGCAAAACGACAACUACGUCAUUGUCAUUAAAGCAGACAAAGUGCCCUAUGGAGAGCACGCAGGCACAUAUAAUGUUCCAACUAUUAAUGAAGUUGCAGUCGUUAUGGCUGGUGACCCAUGUGAACGUCGAGAUAUUCGCAUACAACGCAGAGAUAAUACGAUGCAAAUAAUUCAAGACAAUCAUCGUUCUUACGAUGCUUUGCAGUAUCCGUUGAUAUUUUGGGAAGGAGAAGAUGGAUAUCAUAUCAAUAUUAAACAAAGAAAUCCAACUACAGGUGAAGAACUGAACAAGAAAGUUAGUGCUAUGAACUACUAUGCAUAUCGACUAAUGAUUCGUGCCAAUGAAGAUAAUGGUAUUCUCCGAUGCAGACAGCUAUUCCAUCAGUACAUUGUCGAUAUGUAUGUAAAAAUCGAAAGCAAGAGAUUACGAUACAUAAAACUUAAUCAAGCAAAACUUCGUGCUGAGGAGUACAUUCAUUUACGUGACGCCGUAAUCGGCAACGUAGAUGCAAGGAAUGACAUCAACAAUAUUGGUACCGCAUAUAUUCUCCCAUCAUCAUACACUGGUAGCCCGCGUCAUAUGCAGGAAUAUAUUCAAGAUGCCAUGACUUACGUACGUGCAUACGGCCGACCUGAUCUUUUUAUCACAUUUACGUGUAAUCCAAACUGGGAUGAAAUCAAAAGUUUACUGUUGCCAGGUCAAACAUCGAUGCACCGUCAUGAUGUCACUGCACGUGUCUUUAAACAAAAAUUAAAAUCUUUGAUGAAUUUGAUUACACAUUACUCGGUAUUUGGUGAAACGCGUUGUUGGCUUUACUCUGUUGAAUGGCAAAAACGAGGUUUACCUCAUGCGCAUNUAACCGACCGAUUUCCGAAUAAUCAUCUGUUUUCCGUAUGA